AUGGCGGAGCGCGGACAGCAGCCCCCGGCCAAGCGGCUCUGCUGUCGACCGGGAUACGGCGCGACGUGUCGGCAAGGCCAGCGGGCCGCGUGGGCGCCGUGCUGCGGCUCCGCGGCGGCUCAGGGCGACUCGAGCAAGACCCAGAACCCGGAGACCCUGCUGGACAUCGCGGCGCGGAGGGUCGCGGAGAAGUGGCCCUUCCAGCGGGUGGAGGAGCGCUUCGAGAGGAUCCCGGAGCCCGUGCAGCGGCGGAUCGUGUACUGGUCCUUCCCGAGGAGCGAGCGGGAGAUCUGCAUGUACUCGUCGUUCGGCACGGCCGGGGAGGAGGUCGGGAGUAGCGGGGAGAGCGGCGACGACACGCGGCUGCCGUUCCGCCGGGGCGUCGGGCUGCUGGAGAGCGGCUGCGUGGACAACGUGCUGCAAGUCGGCUUUCACCUCAGCGGCACAGUAAGGGAGCCUGCCACGGCCUCGGAGCCCGAGCUGGUCUGCAACGUGAGCGUCAGCUUCGAUCGUUGCAAAAUCACAGCAGUAACAUGCAGCUGCGGCAACAAGGACAUCUUCUACUGCGCCCACGUCGUGGCACUGUCGCUGUAUCGAGUACGAAAGCCAGAGCAGGUCAAACUGCGCCUGCCCAUCUCAGAGACGCUUUUCCAAAUGAACAGAGAUCAGCUGCAGAAGUUUGUUCAGUACCUGAUCACAGUGCAUCACACGGAGGUGCUGCCGACGGCACAGAAGCUGGCAGAUGAAAUACUGUCGCAGAACUCCGAGAUCAACCAGGUUCACGGAGCUCCAGAUCCGACGGCAGGGGCCAGUGUGGACGAUGAGAACUGCUGGCAUCUGGACGAGGAGCAGGUUCAGGAGCAGGUGAAGCUCUUUCUCUCCCAGGGCGGGUACCAUGGCUCGGGAAAGCAGCUCAACUUACUGUUCAGCAAGGUGAGAGAGAUGCUGAAGAUGAGGGACUCCAAUGGCGCCCGCAUGUUAACGCUGAUCACAGAGCAGUUCAUGGGCGACCCCAGACUGGUGCUGUGGAGGCAACAGGGGACCACCAUGACUGACAAGUACAGGCAGCUGUGGGAUGAACUAGGGGCUCUGUGGAUGUGCAUUGUGUUGAACCCCCACUGUAAAACCGAGCAGAAGGGAUUCUGGCUUCGACAGCUUCGCAGGUGGAACAGUGUGGACGUCUGUCCCUUGGAGGAUGGUAACCAUGGCAGCGAGCUGACCAAUCUGACCAACGCUCUGCCCCAGGGCCUUCUCGGCAACCCAGACUCACUGACUCGGCCUCACCGGACCGUGUUCACGCGGGCGAUUGAGGCCUGCGACCUGCACUGGCAGGACCCCCACCUGCAGCACAUCAUCACGGAGGACCACUACACCAACUACUGUUACCAUGACAACAUUGACAGCUCCCUCUUCGAUGCCCGAGGGUGGCCCCUGUGGCACGAGCACGUACCCACCGCCUGCGCCCGAGUCGACGCCCUGAGAUCACAUGGUUACCCCAAGGAAGCACUCAGACUGGCCAUCGCCAUAGUCAACACACUGAGGAGGCAACAGCAGAAACAGCUGGAGUUCUUCCGCACUCAUAAAAAAGAGCUGCUUCAUAAAGGCAUGACAUCAGUUACCAACCUGGAGGGCUGGGUGGGCCACCCUCUGGACCCCAUCGGCACACUGUUCAGCACACUGAUGGAGACGAGGCAGGGCAGCGAAGAGAGAGUCCUGUUCGACUACUCAGGCUCAUUUGGUCCAGGGAGGAUGACGGAGCAUUUCGCUUUCCCGGCGCAGCGUUUCCUGGAAGACGGAGAGUCGUUUGUGUCGCUGGCUGUGGAGACGGCGCUGAUCGGGUUGGGGCAGCAGAGGAUGAUGCCGGACGGCCUCUACGCCCAGGAGAAAGUGUGUCGCAACGAAGAGCAGUUAUUGGCCAAGCUCCAGGAAGUCAAUUUGGACGACUCGUUGGUGAAAAUCUUUCAGAAGCAAGCCGUUUUCCUGCUAGAGGCUGGUCCUUACACUGGUCUGGGAGAACUACUCUACAGAGAGAGCGUGCCCAUGCACACCUUUGCCAAGUAUCUCUUCACCUCGCUGCUACCUCAUGAAGCCGAACUGGCGUACAAAAUUGCACUGAGGGCCAUGAGAUUGCCAGUCCUGGAGUCCACGGCCCCCUCUGGCGACAUGUCCCGGCCUCACCAUAUAGUGUCGGUGGUGCCCAACCGCUACCCUCGCUGGUUCACGCUCAGCCACAUAGAGACCCAGCAGUGUGAACUGGCCUCUACCAUGCUCACUGCUGCUAAAGGUGAUGCUCGUAAGCUACAAACAGUGUUAGAGUCCAUCCAGAAGAACAUCCACUCCUCAUCCCACAUCUUCAAACUGGCCCAGGAUGCCUUCAAAAUCGCCACCCUCAUGGACAGCCUGCCAGACCUCACGCUGCUCAAAGUCUCCCUGGAGCUGGGCCUUCAGGUGAUGAGAAUGACCCUGUCCACCCUGAACUGGCGGAGGAGGGAAAUGGUGCGGUGGCUCGUCACUUGUGCUACUGAAGUCGGUGUGUUUGCACUGGACAGCAUCAUGCAGAGCUGGUUCACCCUCUUCACCCCCACCGAAGCCACCAGUGUUGUGGCUAGCACUGUCAUGUCCAACAGCACCAUCGUCCGCCUGCAUUUGGACUGUCAUCAACAGGAGAACCUGGCCAACUCUGCUCGCACCCUGGCCCUGCAGUGUGCCAUGAAGGACCCCCAAAACUGUGCCCUGUCUGCCCUGACGCUUUGUGAGAAGGACCACAUUGCCUUCGAGACAGCCUACCAGAUUGUACUGGACGCAGCUGCUACAGGAAUGAACUACACACAGCUGUUUACAAUAGCACGCUACAUGGAGCACCGUGGUUAUCCAAUGAGAGCGUACAAACUAGCAACAUUAGCCAUGACUCACCUGAACCUCAGCUACAACCAAGACACACACCCGGCCAUCAACGAUGUGCUGUGGGCAUGUGCGCUCAGUCAUUCGCUGGGGAAAAAUGAACUGGCAGCCGUCAUCCCCCUGGUGGUGAAGAGUGUUAAAUGCGCCACCGUCUUGUCGGACAUUUUGCGGCGGUGCACGUUAACGACGCCAGGCAUGGUGGCACUGCACAGUCGCAGGAACUCUGGGAAGCUGAUGUCUCUGGACAAGGCUCCACUCAGGCAGCUACUGGACGCCACUAUCGGGGCCUACAUCAACACGACGCACUCUCGGCUGACCCACAUCAGCCCACGCCACUACAGCGAGUUCAUAGAGUUCCUCAGUAAAGCCAGAGAGACGUUUCUCAUGGCACAAGACGGACACAUCCAGUUCACCCAGUUUAUAGACAACCUGAAACAGAUCUACAAGGGCAAGAAGAAACUCAUGAUGCUCGUUCGAGAAAGAUUUGGUUGAAAGUGGACCAAAAGACUAUUGCCCUUUUUUUUUACUUGAGACUCCUUUUUUUAUCCUUUCUAACUUGAAGUGAAAAUCCACUUAAAACAACAUUCAUAUUCAUAUGAUUUGGGACUACUGGGUCUAAUGUGAUACUGAACUGAAGGGGUGUAAUUAUAUGCACAUACCAUAGAGAUGUAGGGCUAUUUAAAAAGCAGCAUCAAAAGAAAGAAAGUCUCCUGCACACUGAUUCCAAGCCACAAAAUGUGAAGAAAAAAAGCCACCGUUUCUAUCCCACUCUAAUCUUUGACGGGUCAAAAUGCUUAAAAAUACCACAUCCACAUACAUAUGAUUAUGUAACAGAAAUAAUAAGAAUCUCAAAGCAAGAAGAUAAAUCUCAACGACAAAAUAUCAAGGGUAAAUGCUAUUAUUAUUAACAUUAUCAUUAUCACCAUUAUUAUUAUUGAUUGUAAAAAUAAAAAGAUUUUUAGAGCAGUUACCACUGCUGAGUGGACAUGUCUUGGAUUAAGUAUUACAUUUUGCACUAUAUCAUAUUAUAGCGCUGUGAAUAAAGUUAAAUACACAGUAGUGAAAAAAGACUAGAAAACCAAUAUUUUCUACCUCUACCUCUCAAUAAUUCUCCUGUUGGUCGAAGCAAAUUCCCUAUUGUAAGCUAUUUAUUUUAACCUGAAAUUAUCUUUCCAUCCACACACAAGACUGGAAUAAAAUUAGGCUAUACAUUUUAAAACAUGUGAAUAAAUCCAUGUCAAGAGUUUUGACCUGACAAAUUUUCUGACUUUGAAAGUUUUCUAAAUGUUGUGACUUGGAGUCACUGUGCAGUCUCUCUUCUAACGAAUGUGAUAAUAAACACAGGUUCCCGAAGGCAGAUCCUUAGACUUUAUUCAAUUCAAGCCGCACCAAGUGUCAGCCAAAGCACAGACAGAUCCUGAGUUGACUUCCGUGUUGGAGGAAGAAUUGGACAGUCCAAGGUGAUAGGGUUGAGAUAUGAAAAAUGCUGCAGGGUGAAGGUUCUCUCUGAAAAUUGACACGUUUGAAAUUGAAGAAAAAAAACUGAGCCCUGAAAGCAACAGCUGGUAUUGAUGUGUAUAAAACUAUUAAGUCUGCAGAAGCAGAGAACUGUUUGUCCCUUUUUUAUAUGUAUGAAAGUAAGAGAGGAAGAGUUUUACACUGAGUAUAUACUGUAUUGUCUAAUGGCAAAAAGUCCAUCUUGCACUCCUCCUGUGUCCCUCUGUUAACAUACACAGCCUCAAAGAGAAAACAAACGGCUUUAAACCAAAUGGAGCAACUCCAUCUGAAGUAUUGAGUACCUCUUUUUAGGGAU